CAGUUACAUUUACUGAGAAGCCAUCAUUGUCAGGACUAACAUAGGCGAUCCAGCAACCUAUCAUUUCCGAAUCGAAAAUGAAACUUUUGCGGUGGUGGAGAGGUCAACCAGAUGACAAGGAUGGCACUCGGUACACAUGACCAAAUGGUUACGCAUGUGCACUUUCCAGUAAUUGUAUUCAUAGACUACAUACAAUAGUAAUCGAGAAUAUAUCUAUAGAUGGCUAAAAUUGGUAAAAGUGUACAAAUCCCACUAUCAUGGAUUCCACAAAGUAAUGGAAAAUAUCCAGAAAAUGCUAUUUCUGUUGGUGAUGGUGUUUUUGUUGUUCGAUCUAGGUUUAUAAAUGAAAUGCUUCCUGGAAAACUUAUACCUAAAGAAGGAAAAUGUUACUGUUCUCAUGGAGGUGAAGAAAUAGAGUUUACAGAAUAUGAGGUUCUAUGUGAUACUUCAUUGCAAGAACUUGGAAAAGGGUAUGAAUGGGUAAAGUCUUCUAGUGGGGAAUAUCCAAAGCAUGCAAUUAUUGCUGGAAUCGGUUCUGAUGGAAGACCACUCUAUAUUGCAAAAGGAUACGUUGAAAAUAAUAUAUGCGUCGGGAAGUUGCAUGACGGUCAUCAAUGUGCUUAUAUGCCAUGGGGUGGACGGGAGAAUGCAAUUCCAAACUAUGAAGUACUUGUAUGGAAAAAGAUAAAAAAUUAAAUGAUGCAUUCUCAUUGAAUAAAAUGACAGUUUAUU